GACGCGGUUUUGAGGCCUUCUGUGUUUUCAACGGAGGGAGAGCCGAGAAGAAAAAUGGCGUCGUUUGGCGACCCAGAGCGGGACACCGGCCAUUCACUUUGAGCUUUCCGCCAGAAAUUGGAGACCGUGGACCGGUGUAAAUUCCCCAGAAACUUUCGCAUGAAUCGUCAGCGUGUUCCCUCCUAGUUUUUUCUUCCUUGCGCCUGGCUUCUCGCGGCUCCGAGAUUGAAGCGGAACAGAAGAGGCGCUCUCCUACAAUGAGGGGGAGACGAGGAAGGCCGCCCAAACAGGCAGCAGCGAUGCGGGAAGGCUCACCCGGGCCAGUCCGCGGCUCUCGGAGCGGAAGGGGCAGAGGGAUGCGAGGACGGGGACGAGGCAGAGGACGGGGUCGCGGACGCAGCUUCAGUGACGGCGCUUGUGCUAGCGCCUCUGCCGAGGUGGACGCUGAAAUAUCCGGCCGGGAGAACUUUCAUUUGUCCCGGGGCCGCAAGAAAGUUGGAACCGCCGCCGCCGCUGAGACAUCGCGGGGCAGGGGAGGCAGAGGAAGAGGCAGGGGGUCGAGAGGCGGCCGCGGCAGUAGAGGCGGAGUGAGACGGCCUCCGAUCAAGGUGGUGUACGACGACAACAGCGACGAGGAGGACGACAAUUUGAGCUACCGAUCGGAGGAAGACGAACUCCUGAACGAUAACCCCUCGUCUGAUCUUGAGGAAGAAGAGGAGGCCUUGGGGAACGACUCGGACUAUCUGGAGGAGCUAGAACAAGAUGAUGAUGAUGCCAGCUACUGCACCGAGAGUAGUGCAAUGAGCCACAGCUCGCUCGGUAGCAUGCCAGGCAAGCGAAGGAGUCAAGUGGCACAGCAACAGUCUCCCAUCUUUGAGGCACAAGACAUUCCCCCCUUGGAGCUUCCCAAGUCCUCCGAGGACCUCCCGGUUCCUACCUCACAGCUUCUCAACGUGUCCGCCGUCUACGAGGUUCUCCGCAACUUCGGCACAGUGCUGCGCCUCUCUCCUUUCCGCUUUGAGGAUUUCUGCGCGGCAGUGGCUAGCCAGGAGCAGUGCAUGCUGCUAGCAGAGACUCACAUCUCCUUGCUCAAAGCUAUUCUCAGAGAGGAGGACACUUCCAAUACCACCUUUGGGCCUGCUGACGUAAAGGAUUCUGUUAAUUCAACGCUCUAUUUUGUGGACGGUAUGACCUGGCCGGAGGUUUUGAGGGCGUACUGUGAGAGCGACGCGGAAUACCGGCACGUUCUACCUUUGCAGGAAGGGGAAGAUUACCCCUUUGAACCGUUGGAGAGUAAAAUUAAAGUUCUUCAAUUUUUAGUGGACCAGUUCCUGGCGACCAACAUCGCGAGGGAAGAGCUCAUGUCAGAAGGCGUGGUGGCCUAUGACGACCACUGCCGGGUGUGCCACCGCCUUGGCGACCUGCUGUGCUGUGAGACGUGUGCAGCUGUUUACCACCUGGAGUGUGUGAAGCCACCGCUGCAGGAAGUGCCCGAAGACGAGUGGCAGUGUGAGGUGUGCGUGGCCCACAAGGUGCCCGGAGUGGCUGACUGCAUCCCCGAGGUACAGAAGACAAGACCAUUCCUUCGCCAGCUGCCAGUCGGCUAUGACAGACACCACCGCAAAUACUGGUUCCUGAAUCGCCGCAUUGUUGUAGAAGAGGAUGGUGAGCAGGAGGAUAAAGCCAUCUGGUACUACAGCACCAAGGUCCAGCUAGCUGAGCUCAUAGACUGCUUGGAUAAAGAAUACUGGGAGGCCGACCUCUAUGCUGCCCUUGAAGAAAUUAGGGAUGAGGUUCACGCACACAUGGAUAUCACAGAGGACCUCACCAACAAGGCUCGGGGCAACAACAGGUGUUUCCUCACCGUCGCUAAUGAGGAGAUCCUGGAGCGUCUGCGGGCCAAGAGGGAGGAAGAACUGGAGGAGGUGAAGAGGCGGGCCGCUGAGGAGGCCCUCAAAGCUCGUCUGGAGCAGGUGCAGGACGAGGUGGAGGAGGUGGAUGUGGUGAAAGAAAGUGAAGAUACCAAGUUGAGUGAAGGCGAAGGACUUCAGGACAUCGACGUCAAAGAUGCGGCCAAGGAGGACGAGAAGGAGACAAAUGGAGAUGUCAAGGAGGAGAAGAAAUAUGGUGUCACAGCUGAAGGAGAAAACACAUCAUCCGAAUGUGUUCCUCUCAGUGGCGAUGAUGUCCCAAGUCUGAGCCAUCCCAACCAGAUGGAGGAAAACAGUAAUAGUAGUGUCGUGGUCACACCCAGGGGCCCUGAACUUCCAGACUUGGCUGACAAGUCCUCCCAGUCAUCCCUGGCAAGCUUCGAAGACACAGGAGAGAGCAAAGAUUCCUCCAGUGGAGAAAUGGUGUGUCUCGGGAGUAAAAAGUCUGCUGCAACUCGCAUGGUGACUCGCCUGAGAAACCCAGACAGCAAGCUGAGCCAGAUGAAGAGCCAGCAGGUGGCUGCUGCCCUUCAUGAAGCCAAUAAGAGCUUCAAGGACGGUAAAGAGAUCCUCAUAGUAAAUGCACAAGGUGAUGUCACCCGUGUCAGCACACGCAGCAAGGACGUGGUGAUGAAGGGCGUGGUCUGCCAAUUCUUCAAACUGGGCCAGGAGGGGAAGUAUCGUGUCUAUCACAACCAGUAUAGCACAAACGCCCUGGCCCUCAACAAGCACCAGCACAGAGAGGACCACGACAAAAGGCGGCACCUCUCCCACAAAUUCUGCAUGACACCGGCAGGGGAAUUCAAGUGGAAUGGGUCCAUCCAUGGUUCUAAGCUGAUCACCAUCUCUACACUGAGACUCACCAUCAUCCAGUUGGAGAACAAUAUUCCAUCACCGUUCAUGCACCCGAAUUGGGCCUCACACAGAACCAACUGGAUCAAAGCAGUACAAAUGUGCAGCAAGGCCAGAGAGUUUGCUCUAGCCCUGGCCAUCCUGGAGUGUGCCAUCAAGCCUGUGGCAACCAUGCCGGUCUGGAAGGACUCACUUGGCCACACCAGGUUAAACCGCAUGACUUCCAUGGAGCGUGAGGAGAAAGAGAAACUAAAGAAGAGGGAGAAGAAGCUGGAGGAUGAAGAGACGAUGCAACAGGCCACCUGGGUCAAAUACACUUUUCCAAUUAAGCACCAGGUGUGGAAGCAGAAAGGAGAAGAGUAUCGUGUUACUGGCUACGGGGGUUGGAGUUGGAUCAGUAAAACCUAUGUCCAGAGGUUUCUACCAAGGCUUCCUGGAAACACCAAUGCCAAUUACCGCAAAGAACUUGAAGAUGCUAAGCUUGGCCUGAAGUGCACCCUUUUGAACUUGAGUCAACGACACAGUGUCCAUGAACCUGAAUCUCAGGGAGUCUCUGACUUGAUCAGUGAUACCAUGACAGAUAACAAGUCAUCUCUGCCCUCCAAACCUGUCACAGACAAUCAGAUCUUAGUUGAAAAAUUGGAGUCUAGCGAAGAGCUAAAAGAGGACAUGAAAGAAGAGACAUCCGAGGGACUGUAUGUGGACCAGUCACCAGCCAAGAUGGAGGUGGAUCCUACAGACUUACAGUCAGAAGAUGGGCAAAUGCCAAGUGUUAAGGAGGUGCACGCAGAUGACCCCCUUCGCCCUUUUAACUACGAUGUCGUGGAUGUCAGCAAGGGCUUCCUCACCCGCAUCCCUUACAAGAAGAAAGUCAAACCCUCUAAACUUGACAGCCUGCUGGAGCGGCGAGUGAAGCAGCAUGCUAUCGAACAGCUGCAGAAGCGGCAGGGGUCUCCGACUAAAUCCCAGACUCCUACGCCUGCUACACCCUCUUCAACACCUCCGCCUCAGAGCACCCCCGUCCGGCCACGGUUGCCGCUUAAGCCCCAGACUCUGGUUCAGACACUGUUCAAAGAGUGUGAAUGUGUGAAAGAAGAGCAAACUUCAGAAACACCUGGGCCUGCAGAUAUUGGAAGAGUUGAAUGUGGCAGUCAGGCUGCCAAUGAGGUAGCCUCUCCCCUUUCUUCUGCCCCUGAUUCAACACCCAAAGACUGUUGUAGGUUGGAUGCAGGAGAAUCUACUUCUCCAAACCAGACCAGCACCGUUUCCCCAGAACUGGAGAUAGACUCAGAAGAAAGGACUAUGGGGCCAAAAGAUUGCUCCUCAGAGCAACAAACAGGCAGUGAUUGUAUAGACACUCCCAACACUGCACUUAUUGAAAAUAUUGGGUCUGAGGUACCUAAUGUGGACUUGGUAAGGACACUUAUAAAAGAUGUUGACCAAAAAAACAGUCAGAACACAUCCCUUCCCAAACCAUCCUUACAAAGCCCAGAGACAUUAAGCGCAAUGGAGAUGGCCUUGCAGGCAAAUGGCAUGGUGGCUGAUGAAAAUCAGGAGAACAGACAAGGUACUCCUGAACGUUCUCCUGUUUCAGUUUCUCCUCUUCCUCAGAUGAACGGCAACGAUGGUUUGGAGAGUGAUGUCAGGUUGAGUCCAAUUAAUAGUGUUCAUAGUAACAGUACCAAGGUGAACAACAUUGAUCAAGUAGAGGAUCAGGGUAAACAACAAAAGCCUUUGGUUAAUGGAGAUUUUUCUCUUGCGAACAAAAGUAUACACGCUGGGGAAAAGGAGACUAUCUCUAAAGAAACAGCUGAGCGCAACAUAACAUCAGAUGCGGACUACAAACCUCCCAUAAAGGUGUUAAAGCUGGAAAACAACAUAGAUGCACAUACAAAGAGCUCUCCACUUCACAAAAGCACAUCAGCAGCUCAUUCUGCAAAUGCUAAAGGCACUCCUGCAGUCAAGAUCAUCAGAAUGGCGCCCUCUCCUAUACCAUCAGCAGAGGAGUCCAGUUUGAGUGAUGAGUUUGCAGAGGAGAAUAGCGAAAGUGGCAUGACUACUCCAUUCAAGACCCUCUUCACACAGGUAACAACCACCUCCACGACCACCACCACUACAGUGGUUUCCACAGAGACGAGGACACUGCCACUAAACGCAUCUGUAGAAGCUGAAACAUCUAUGGCGGAGAGCGCUGUGUCCACCCUCACCACCAUGACCAAAACAACUGUGACCAAAAUCUCUUCCUCUAGUCCGUCAAAAGACAGCCAGAGUGAAAUAAUUGCACAAAAACAGGAGACAACCUUUUCAUCCUCCGUCAUGAAGUCAACAAUGGGCCCGCAUGGUACCUCGGUGUCGCAUGUAUUCCAGGAAGACUCCACAACCAGAGGCCGUGUACGCCUCCUUAAAUUCUCCGUCAACAAGAAGGCGCGCUCGGACACAGCCCUUCCGUCUUAUCGCAAGUUUGUCACCAAGAGCAACCGCAAGAGCAUUUUUGUGUUGCCUCACGACAGUUUGAAGGUGCUGGGAAGGCGGGGGGGAUUCCGUGAGGUUGCUGUAUUUAACUAUAACGCCAAACCGGCCCAGGAUAUCUGGCCGUAUCCUUCACCCCGGCCGACAUUUGGUAUCACCUGGAGAUAUCGCUUGCAGACAGUGAAGACUUUGGCUGGUGUGAGUCUGAUGCUGAGACUGCUUUGGGCCUGUUUAAGAUGGGAUGACAUGGCUGUGAAACCAUCCGCAGCUGUCAGUACUGCACGUACAGAGACAUCAGACACUGAAAUCACCACCACAGAGAUCAUAAAGCGUCGUGACGUGGGUCCCAACAGCAUUCGUUCAGAAUACUGUAUCCGCAAAAUAGUUUGGCCUCUUGGAGCUCCUGAGACUCCCAAAGAAACCCAUACCCCACAGAGGAAGGGGCUGCGCUCCAGCGCCUUGCGUCCCAAGAAGCCCGAGCCUGCCAAGCAGACGGGCCCAGUUGUGAUGGAGACCUGGGUUGCUGAGGAAGAACUGGACUUGUGGGAGAUCAGAGCCUUCUCAGAGAGGGUAGAAAAAGAAAAAGCUCAGGCAGCUGAACAAGCUAAGAAACGUCAGGAGCAGAAACCAGGCUCGAUCACAGUCACGCCGACAGGAACUCCCACGCCACCUGCCGUGACACCUAAGGUCGUGGUGGGUUCGCUGUCAGGCCAGGGAACUCCAAGCGCCAAGGUGGUUCUGACCUCCAAGGUGGGCGGCCCGGUCAAAUAUCAGCAGAACAAGAAUUUCCAGCAGUCAUUUGCCACUUGGAUUAAACAGGGUCAAGGCACACAAGUGGGCACAGAGGCCAAUGCGGCCGCAGCUGGCGGGCACACAUUUCAGAUUACCGAAACCACAAUAGAUGGAAAAGUAGUGACCACCAAGGUGCCGCUUCCAGCCAACAGCAAGAUCAUCACAGUCAACAUACCAACUUCACAAGGAGGAGUUGUGCAGCAGAAGGUGCUUGGUAUCAUCCCGCCCAGUACAGCAGGGGGUGCUCGGACCUUUACAGCAUUACAGCCACGCAACAUGAGGCCUGGUCUCCCAGGCUCCCAUCAACCGAUCCGUCCUAAGACCGUGACUGGAGCUAUGGGGAAGACGGUUCUUCCAGCACCCCUUGUGGUACAGCAAGGUCAGGCUGGUCAACAAGUAGUGACUCAGAUCCUACAAGGCCAGACAGUAUCCACCUCAGUUACUGGAGCCAGUCCUGUUGCCACAGUUACUGGCCAGGUGGCAGCCAGCACAACUACGGCAGGAACGUCAUCCGGCCAGGUUAAACUCACCCUGGCGCAGCUCGCUCAGCUAACACAGAAGCAGCAGGCUGGCUCAGGUGGGGAUCGCCAGGCGAGUGUCACCGGCACCCAUCAGGCUGUGACUGUGAUGAUCCAGGGUCAAGGGCAGACAACCGGUCAGCUUCAGGUCAUACCUCACGGAGUUACCGUCAUCCCCGGUCCUGGCCAGCAGCUUAUGCAGGCCACCCUGCCCAACGGUCAGGUGCAGCGCUUCUUAUUCACGCCGCCAUCCACAGUGGCCACACCCACGUCAAACACAGCUACCACACCCUCCAGUCAGCCAAACUCUGACUCCACGAAAACGCCGGCCCAGCCUGCUCAACAGGCAGCCGCCCCGUUCCAACCAGGGGUAGCGACCCUAACCGCCACCAGCACCCCACAAGGCCAGUUACCCCCACUGACGCAGGCCCACAUGCCCAUUCAGUCUCCCACCUCGCUGCAAGGAGGAACUGCCAAGCUACAGCAGACGCCCCAGCUCAUCAUGUCUGGGCUGCAGCAGCAGGUCCAGGUACUGGCACAGCUGCAGGCUCAGAGUGGCACAUCUGUACCACAGCACUUCAAACUGCAGCUUCCUAUUCAGAUACAACAGACCGGACUCAAGUCAACUCAGGGAGCAGAGAUCGGGAACGUCGUGACCAUCCAGGCUGCGUCCAUACAGGAGCAGCUCCAGAGGAUCCAACAGCUCCGAGAGCAGCAGAAGAAGAAGAAGAAACAAGCUGCAGAGGUCAAGAAAGAGCAAGCUCUCAACUCUGUCAGCCAGAGGGACCUGAUUCAGAAACAGGUGUGGGUUGUAACAAAGCAAAAUGCUUUGAUCGAAUAUCUGAAGCAGAAGAAGACUGUGACACCUGAAGAGAAAGAAGAGAAUCAGAGAAUGAUUGUAUGCAAUCAGGUCAUGAAGUUUCUCCUGGACCGCAUAGACAGAGAUGAGAGGCAGGAAGCUAACAGGAAGAAGAAAGAGAAGGUGGUGGAGUCAAAGAGGAGGCUCGUGAAAGCCAACAAGCUUGCCGCGCUUCUUCAUCGCCACAAAGAGAGCCUGAAGAAUGAGAUCUUGAAGAAACGGGCGCUUCUUGAUGAGAGGCUUCGUCUGGAAGCGCAGGAGGAGCUAAAGAUGGACAUUCUCAGGAUCCAGAGGGAGAAGGAGAGAGCACAGGCCGCAGCCCAACAGGCUGCCCAAGCUGCCGCCUCCGCCCACAGGCAGCAACAACACGCUCAAGCCCGUGUACAAAACAUAACCACUCAGCAGCAUGCCACCACCGUCACCACCACACACAAGAGGAAACGUGAUGAGGAGCGGGAGAUCACAACCUCAGCUAAGUCCAAGAAGAAGAAGAUGAUCUCCACCACCAGCACCAAGGACAGCAAGAAGGACACCAAACUCUACUGUGUCUGCAAGACGCCCUACGAUGAGACCAAGUUCUACAUUGGCUGUGACCUGUGCACCAAUUGGUAUCAUGGUGAAUGUGUGGGAAUCACAGAGAAAGAAGCCAAGGAUAUGGAAGACUACAUCUGCAUGGAGUGCAAACAGGGCCGGCAGAGCACCAAGGAGGAGCUCUACUGCAUCUGUCAGACACCAUACGACGAAUCCCAGUUCUACAUUGGCUGUGACCGCUGUCAGAACUGGUACCACGGCCGCUGCGUGGGCAUCCUGCAGAGCGAGGCGAACCACAUUGAUGAAUAUGUGUGUCCGCAGUGUCAGUCGACAGAAGACGCCAUGACGGUCCUCACGCCACUCACAGAAAAAGACAAUGAGGGCCUGCGGAGGAUUAUGCGCUCUUUAACGGCCCAUAAAAUGGCGUGGCCAUUCCUCGAACCAGUGGACAAAAACGACGCCCCUGACUACUACAAAGUUAUCAAGGAACCAAUGGACCUUUCCACCAUGGAGGAGAGGUUACAGAAGCGUGGUUACGUGAGGUUAACGGAGUUUGUAGCAGACAUGACCAAAAUCUUCGACAACUGCCGCUACUACAAUCCCAGCGACUCGCCCUUCUACCAGUGUGCCGAGGUUCUCGAGAGUUUCUUUGUCCAGAAGCUCAAAGGCUUCAAAGCCAGCAGGUCUCAUAACAACAAACUACAACAAUCAGCAGCCUCUUAGCGCUCUUGUAAAAACCGUUUUCUAAAAAGUAGAAUUGAUUAAACCUUCAAGUCUUCUCAUGAGCAGAGGUCACUCCGGAAGAAAAUACGCUCCAGUGCAAAGACAAGGGAAGUGGAUGGUUACGCAAUUUCAAGGGGUGACCAAGCUUCACCUUCAAGGCUACUGACUGAGGAUAUGGACCCAACCACACAAAGUCCAGUCAACCUCCACAUGAGUGGAAAGAUCCAGUUGGCAAAGAAGUGGCACGUGUUUAGAAUGUGUACGGCAGCUGAAGCUCAUGUUUCACCUCACGGUAAUUGGUGCAACACGUUAAGCACUUUAUUCUUGUUUGGACUAUCAUUUCCCCCCAAACACAUAAAAUAAAAUAGAAAUAUAAAAAUAAAAUAGAAAUCACCCAAGAAAAGUAGCAAAGGACUAAAAAAAAAAAGUGGUUUGUUUGGUUUUGCUUUGUUUUGAGGGUUUUUUAAUCCUUUUUUUUUCAUAAUUAUUUAUUGUCAAAACUUUGACAUUUGUGAGCCAACAUUUUGUUGUCAACCAUUAUACCAGAAAUCACUAAAAAGAAAUAUAGAAAAUGUAACAAUAUUAUAUUAAAAUUAUGUAUACAUGACACGAGGGACUGAAAAGACUAUAAAAAGGAUUAACGUAAUCUUAGAGCAGGCCUUCCCAAAAUGGGUCACGGUUCAAUUUUUAUUGAUUUUUAUAACAGUUUUUGUAGGGAUAUCCGAUAAUAUCGGCCAAUAUUGGCAUCAAAAGGGGACAUCGGUUCAUAUCAGUAUUUCUCAUCACUUCUGAAUUUAUUAAGACUAACCUGUCUUGUUGAUAGUAGGAGCACAUGUUAUUUUAGUUAACUGUUGGUCAGGAUUUGAAUGAAAUGAAUGAACUUUUAUUAUAAAUUAUAUUGCAUAUUGCAUUAUUUGUCUUAUUUUGCACAAACAGUGUUUAUUUAAAAAAAAAAAAAAAAAAAAAAGGAAGAGGAUCCAUUGGCAUCACAGUUAAAGAAUGUGUUGCCAAUAUUGAUAUCGGUCGAUAACGGUAUCAGUAAUGAAGUGCUGGACAAUAUUUCGGAUAUAAAGGAAGAAAGAAAGCCAGUAUCGAGCAUCUCUCAUUUUUUGUGUUCUUAAUCAUAAAUUGAGUUGAAUCAACAACAAAAACAUUUGGAUGUUGAAGUUAUUGUCAAAUUAGAUUUUGGCAGAAAAGUCCUUAGACACUUUCGGGUGCCAUUUCCAGAUACAAGAUGUAUAUUUAACGCAUACAAAUGUACUUGAAAUAAAAAUAAAAAUGGUAUUUUUGCUUAAUUACAGUGUAUUACUUUUGCACCAAAGCCUACAAAAUUCUCAACCUGUAGCACUUCACUAAAGUAGCAUCCUUCUGUGGAAGAGUAACAUGAAUGUCCAACAGCUCAUUGAAGCAAUAGUUUCCGGAUGUUGGUCCAAAGUAACCAAUUUCCUGCUUUAUCAUUGACAUGAUUCAUAUCCGUGUUGCUUGGAGUCAAUUGAUUGGUUUUCUAAAUGCGGGGUGCCUUGGAGUAGCAUCUUAUUGGCAAUGUGGGAGUCUGUGGAUACUUAUUGUCAUCCACCUUAAACUGAACGUGGCUACAGAAACAUCAUAAGGACUAAAUUCCUGACCCGACUCAAGUCCUCGUGUCACAACAUUCCCGUAAUUAUUUCUUGCUGUGCAGGAUUUUAGCAUCACUGCACUGAACUGUCUUAUGAAAACAAUUGUCAAUUUGCAAAGACACAGGAAGUUGUGUAAUCAAGAGUGGGAGGGAGUCGGGCUUUAAUUAGCUUGUAUUAUAAGCAUCCAAAGAAAGUAAGUGUCCAUGGUCUGUCUCGUCCUGCUGCAUAUUUCACUCUCUCUCCCACUCUAAGCAGUCUAAUAAUUGGAUAGUUGACAUUUUCUCUCAUCAGCUUGGAGAAGUCUUUGUCUCAUGGGGUUGUUUUUUGUUGGGUUUUUUUUUUUUUUUUUCAAAAA